UUAACCUUAACCACCCAAACUAAAUGCCUCACCUGUACACUAAACCUAAUUCUAACCCUAUAACCAAGUCUAAGCCCGAAACAGUCCCUUCAAGAAGUUAGGACUGGCCAAAAUGUCCUCACUCUCCAAAAAUGUCCUCACUCUGUAGGGUCUGCCCUUGAAAUGGUCCUCACAAAGGUAUAAUAUAAGUACAGGAACACACAUGAGCACACAGGCACACAUAUGCAUACUAGGAAACCUUUGCUGAAAUCCAAGUCAAAUCAUUUCUCUAGUUCCUUUUCAGCAGUGGAAAUAAAAAAGGAAGUUGAAGUCUGACUUAAGUGUUUGAUGUGAGAAAAGAGAAACACACAGAUCGCCGACGCUGCCGAGGAGACGCUCUGGAAAACAACAGAAAGAGCAGAAGAUGGGUGGAGAAGUGACACAAGGCUGCUGGCUGCUCCUCAUACUAUCUCUGAAAGGUAUUCUAGCUGGCGAUUGGUCAGUUCAUCUCCCCUCUGGUCCCAUCUGUGCUGUGACUGGUUCUUCGCUGGUUCUUCCUUGUUCCUAUGACUACCCCCAAAGUUCAAAUGAAACCAGGCCAGAGGAACAGCUCUCUACUCAGGGUGGAGGAGGGGAAGAAGGGCAUCAGUACGAAGUUUUGUCCGAGAUCUGGUGUCUGGAAGACAGCCGCUGUAUCACCCCGAGGUAUGUGUUCCACAGUGCAGGUAUUUUCCCGGAUCCAUCCUACCAGAACAGGGUGCAGUACCUGGGACUAGCAGGAACAAAGAACUGUUCUCUGAGCAUCUCUGAUCUGAGACCAUCAGACAGUGGAAGCUACGUGUUUUACCUCAUCACCAGUCACCCAACACAGAAGAUGCCAGCGCAGGGAGGUGUACAGCUACUGGUGGCAGAUUCCUCCAGUGCAGUGUCAACAUCAGCGAGUCCCUCUGGUGGCAUCACUGAGGGCGUCGAUUUGCGACUGGCCUGCUGCAGCCCUUCAGCCAAUCCACAGGCCCGUUUCAGGUGGUUCAAGAGCACAAGCGCCCCCCCAAGAUACACCGGACAGGUGUGGAACAUCAGCGCCGUUGCUUCUGAUGACUCUGGCAGCUACUACUGUCAGAUGCAGACUGAAGAGGGAGAACAGAACUCAACGAUGCUGGACAUUGAUGUAGAGUACUCACCUCGAAAUACGCAUGUGUCCAUCUCUCCACCUGGAGAGCUACAGAGGAGCCUCCCUGUGACCCUGACCUGCAGCAGUGACGCCAACCCACCUGUCCACACCUUCUCCUGGUACCAGGGUGCAGCGUGUCUCCCUACAACAGACAACAGUUUCCAUCAAGCAAGACAGUCCCCGGCUACAUCCGCAGGCUCCACAUUCAGCACCACGACCAUCAGCGCAGAGGAAUAUGGGCAGCACUGCUGUGUAGCACGCAACACAUAUGGAUCACAGACUUAUUCUGUGACACUCACUGGUAUUAGAGCUGCGACCCCACCUAAGACCACCGAAAGAAGAGUGCUGCUCAUUGGUGUGUGCAUCGGUGUCUUAUUGGUUAUUAUAGCCGCAAUUGCGUUUCUUAUGAGAAGGAGAAAGAGGACAUCCCACCAACGGUCGUACGUUCUCACAGCGACAACUGCUACAGAAGCUUAAAGACUCAGCGGGCAUCAAAAACAUAAGACAUCCCUAUAUGAUGACAUUCAGGAAACUCUAGAUAGGUCUAUUUUGUUCCUCAACACCGUCAAAAGGUACAUUUGCCUUCACACUUCAUGUCACCAGUGGAGCCCUACGACAAAAGCAGACUAAUUAAAGGGGGAGGCUCUGGAUCAGGAGGUUGAAAGGGUUGUCCGCAGAGAGGGUUCAAUCUCCGGCUCCUCCUUCUUCUUUUUUUGGACAACUCUAUUUAUUGAUGUCUAUCAGGUCAUGAAGAAGAUUUUCACAAUAAGACAAAUUACCAAUCCUACUUGUAAUUCUUGAAUUCCAAUGCACUGAGGGGAACUCGGCCUGAGAAAGGUGUGACUCAAUUGAAGGAAAAGGUGUUGGAAUAUUUUUUUAAUUUCUUUGUUUUUUGUGUCUGAACUAAAUGAUUCUGUCAAGACUAAACCAAGGAAUCUUCAAGAGAAAGAAAAUGUCUUUAUUUGUGAUAACUGUGACAGAAAAUCUUGUGUUGCCUCCACUGAAUAUUUCUAUGUUGAUGUUACUUAUAUUAUUAAAGUGGCAGGUGUGAGUUUGGA